AGCAAUGUAAACAAAAAUGAAAGUUCUGUAUGUAUUACUGUGCUGUGUUGUACUGUGUUUAAACGUAUUGGCAAGUAGUGAUGAAGAAGACGAUAAACAAUUAGUCGAAAUGGAAAGAUCAGCCGAUCUAGAGAAUAGAAAGAGGCUUCAUACUACAAACACAUUCAUUAAGAAACAUGUUAAACAAAGGACCGUUCGUGGCAAAAUAACACAUUUUGUUUGUCAAAAUGCGGUCACAAUGGAGAAAUUGACUUUUAUGUUUGCACUACCUGAACAAAACUUCAAUGAAGACCCUGUUAUCCAACACGCAAUGGAGCUUGAACUGCAACGAGAAAUGCACGAAGGCUUAG